AUGCUUCGGAACGCUUCGGAGAAAAUGGGGUUUCUGCCAAAUCUCUACGCAAAGCUUGCAGAGUCCGACACGGCGCUUGAAGCCUAUUUUUCGCUGUCGUCUCUUGUAUCAAAAACCAGUUUUUCUCCGGCCGAACAGCAAUUGAUCCUGCUGGUGGCGAGUGUCGAGAACGAAUGCACCUACUGUGUGGCCGCCCAUUCAUCCGGUGCUCGCAUGGCCAAGCUCGACAAGGGCAUUAUCGAAGCCGUGCGCAACGGAGAACCGAUUGACGACAAUCGUCUCGAAGCGCUUCGCAGAUUCACCGAAGCCGUCGUCGUCAAACGCGGCCAUGCGGCGGAAGAUCUGGAUGCGUUUCUUGGGGCCGGUUUUACAAACCAGAACGCGCUGGAAGUGGUUUUGUGCGUUUCCAUGAAAACACUGGCGAACUACGCGAACCAUCUCAUUGAUGUGCCGCUGGACGAUGCGGAGGAUCUCAAGAUCGGUCUUGUUGUCACGCUGUCCGGUCCGCCUGCAGUCCUGGGCAAGCAGAUAGAAGAUGGCUUCAAGCUGGCGCUCGAAAAAAUGGACGGAAAAAUCGGGGGGCUGGAUACUGAACUGAUUGUCGUCGACUCGGAGCUGAAACCGGACGUCGCGCUGACCCGGGUCAAAGGGCUUCUUGAAAAGGACGAAGUGGACUUCGUUGUCGGGUCGGUCUUUUCCAACGUUCUGGGUGCGAUCUACAAGCCUGUUACACGGUCUGAAACAUUUCUGAUCAGUCCGAAUGCCGGUCCGUCGACGGUCGCCGGCCGGAACUGCAGCCCCUACUUCUUCUCAACCUCCUAUCAAAACAACCAGAAUUUCGAGGCGCUUGGCCAGCAUGCGCAGGAACAGGGAAUCAAAAGCGUCUUCAUGAUGACGCCGAACUACCAGGCUGGACGCGAUGCCGUGGAAGGCUUCAAGAAAUACUUCAAGGGAGAGAUCACCGACGAAGUGUACACGCCGCUCGGUCACAAGGACUUCUCUCCUGAAAUCGCGCAGAUGUCCACAUCGGAUGCAGAGGCGCUGUUCACGUUCAUGCCCGGCGGCAUGGGUGUGCGUUUCGUCAAACAGUUCCGCGAAUCCGGACUUGCAGACAAAAUGAAAUUCCUGUCAGCGUUCACAGUGGAUGAAGCAACGCUGCCUGCCCAGAAGGAUGCAGCGCUUGGAUUCUUCGGUGCAACAAGCUGGGCACCCAGCCUGGACCUGCCGCAGAGCAAGGAAUUCGUGGCCGCGUUCGAAGAAAAAUACGGUUACAUCCCGGGCGGGUUUGCGAUGCAGGCCUAUGAUGCCGCACAGCUGAUCGACAGCGCCGUGAAGGCGGUCGACGGGAACCUUUCGGACAAGGACGCGUUGCGCAAGGCUUUGGAAGCUGCCGAUUUCCAGUCGCUGCGUGGCGAUUUCAGCUUCAACAACAACCACUUCCCGAUUCAGGAUUUCUACCUGUUGCGCGUCGCACAGCGUGAGGACGGGAAGUACUGGACGGAAAUCGAUUCCAAGAUUUUCGACGAUUACACCGACAGCUUUGCUGCCAUGACACCGACACUCUUUCUCAUCCAACUUCUCAACGGGGUGCAGUUCGGCGUGCUGCUGUUCCUGAUAGCGGCCGGGUUGACGCUGGUUUUCGGCGUCAUGGGCUUCAUCAACCUUGCCCAUGGCGUCCAGUACAUGAUCGGCGCCUACCUGACCUUCAUGUUCUACCAGUUGACCGGAAAUUUCUUUUCCGCUCUGCUGCUCGGACUGAUCACGGCGCUGAUCCUGGGGCUUGCCCUUGAAGCGCUGGUCUUUCGACACCUCUACGACCGCGAUCAUCUCGACCAGGUUCUUGCCACCUUCGGGAUAAUCCUGUUCGUCAACGAAGCGGUGAAAGUGAUCUGGGGACCGGCGACCCUGACGCUUCCAACGCCUGAAAUCCUGUCCGCGUCGUUGCAACUGACCGACAAUCUGAAAUAUCCGGUCUACAGGCUCGCACUCAUUGCCGUCGGAGCAGCAGUCGCCCUCGGUCUGUAUCUUGUCGUCGUCAAAACACGGGUGGGCAUGCUCAUCCGGGCGGGUGCCAGCAAUGCGGAAAUGGUGAGCGCGCUUGGCGUGAACAUCCGGCGGCUGUUCACUAUCGUCUUCGGCUUCGGUGCCAUGCUUGCGGGGUUCGCCGGAGCGAUGGCCGCACCCAUCUUCACGAUCGAGCCCGGAAUGGGCGACGAUCUCCUCAUCGUGGCCUUCGUGGUCAUCGUGAUCGGCGGGAUCGGUUCGAUCCGCGGAGCCUUCAUCGCAGCCCUGCUGAUCGGCUUGAUCGACACGCUUGGACGGUCUUUGGCCACGGAUGCGAUGAAACUGAUCUUCGACGCUUCCGCGGCCAAUCAGUGCCGCAUGAAAGCAGCGUCUGUUUCAAACCCGGAAACGGUUCAGCAGAGCAAGCGGAUCGACCGGGCGCUCCUUGUUGGUCUCGCGCUGAUAUUGCUGCUGGCAAUCAUGCCCCUGCUGACGGAAUUCGCCGGUGGCAACUAUGUGCUCAAUCUGGUGAUGAAGGCGAUGAUCCUUGCCAUCGCGGCCAUAUCCCUGGAUCUGCUCAUCGGCUAUGGCGGUCUUGUGAGUUUCGGACAUGCGGCAUUCCUUGGAUUGGGGUCUUACGUCACGGGUAUCGCCCUGGCAGAGGGAACGAUGAGUGCCCUGCCGAUCCUCGGAAUGGUUGUUCUCGUCUGCGGGCUGUUUGCGCUGGUGACCGGUGCCUUGUCGCUCAGGACUUCCGGUGUCUAUUUCAUCAUGAUCACGCUGGCCUUCGGCCAGAUGGUGUAUUUCUUCCUGACGUCGCUCUCCAACUACGGCGGUGACGAUGGCCUGACCCUCUGGGAUACGCCACAACUGUUCGGAUUCUACGUGUUCCAGAACGGGUCCGGCCUGUUCUAUUCCAUUCUGGUCGUACUGGCAUUGACCUGGCUGUUUGUCGGCAGAUUGUCUCAGUCCCGCUUCGGGCGGGUCCUGCGGGCGGGGAAAGCAAGCCCCGUUCGUGCCGAGACCAUGGGGUUCGACAUCUUCCAGUACCGGUUGAUCGCUUAUGUCAUCGCAGGCGUGCUUGCGGGUGUCGCCGGGUUCCUGUCUGCAUGCCAUGCCGAGUUCAUCAGUCCGUCGACGGCCACCUGGCAGAACUCCGGCAAUCUCAUCAUCAUGGUCAUUCUGGGAGGUAUGGGGACACGCAACGGUGCGCUGCUCGGUGCGCUGUUCGUGGUUCUGAUUGAAGAGGGACUGUCUCUGAUCACCCAUGAAUGGAAGCUGAUUUUCGGUCCGAUGCUGGUGCUUAUUGUGCUGUUCGCCAGGGGCCUGGUCAAGAAUUUCGGUUCGUUGCGGGUGACCGACAAUGUCUCGCUGGAGCUGCGAUCAAACGAAUGCCAUGCCCUGAUCGGACCGAACGGUGCCGGCAAGUCGACGCUGAUCAACCUGGUUUCCGGUUUGCUCGGCGUCGAAAAGGGCAAGGUCGUGCUCGACGGCACUGAUAUUUCCAGCUAUUCGCGGCCCCAGCGUGCGCUUGCGGGUCUUGGGCGCACAUUUCAGAUCACGACGAUCAUCCCGGGCUUUACGGUUCUGGAGAAUGCCGCGCUUUCUGCGCAGGCGAAGGACGGUUCCAGCCACCGGUUCUUCGGCAUCGCGGCUGCGGAGGAAGCCUUGAAUGAAAAGGCACGCCGCGCACUGGCGGCAUUCGAUCUGGGUCACCGGCAGAACGUGCGGGCCGGGGAUCUGUCACAUGGUGAACAUCGUCAAUUGGAACUGGCAAUGGCCAUGGUUGGCGACCCCAAGGUCCUGUUGCUUGAUGAACCGAUGGCGGGAAUGGGAAUGGGGGAAGGCAGGGCGCUGACCGAAACGCUUCUCACGCUCAAGAAAUCGACGCCAAUGUUGCUGGUCGAACAUGACAUGGAAGCUGUCUUCAAGCUGGCCGACAGAAUUUCCGUUCUCGCCUCCGGCCGGAUCGUUGCGACCGGGACGCCUGACGAGGUUCGUGCCGACGAGGAUGCCCGGGCCGCCUAUCUGGGGAGCGUGCUGUUCGGUGUCGAUUUCAGCAUCGAUCAGGGGGAGGCGGCAACUCUUCUGGGCCGGAACGGUAUGGGCAAGACCACGACGGAAAACCUCAAGGCCUUUGCCCGUUCGCCGGGGAAGUGGGAUCUCGGGAAGGUCUACGCCUUCUUUCCAAGACUGCAGGAACGACGGCGCAAUCUCGGUUCGCAGCUUUCCGGCGGCGAGCAGCAGAUGCUGGCGAUCGGACGGGCCCUGAUGACCAAUCCGUCCCUGCUGAUCCUCGAUGAGGCGAUCCUGGUGAUCGACAAGGACAUCGACGCACUGGCCGGAUUUGCCGACAGGCUGACCGCCGAAGCCGACGUGGUGCGUACGGAAGGCAUCAGCUGGAAUAUCCUCGGCCAGACUUACGUGCCCAAGCAGGUUUGCGAAUCCUCGUUUUCCUGGCACGCGACACUGCCACCCGGCACGUUCGUGCCGCCGCAUAUUCACCCGAUGCAAGACGAGUUUCUCUAUAUCCUGGAGGGACGUUUCGACUUUCUUCUGGACGGGAAGGAAGACUUUGCAGAGCCCGGCGAUCUGGUUCACAUGCCAAGAGGCAUUCCGCAUGGCAUCUUCAACAAGAGCGAUGCGUCGAUAAAGACACUGUUCUGGGUGUCGCCGACGCGGCGGCUUUACGAUCUGUUCUGGUCGAUCCACAACAUGGGUCCAAAUCCGGAUAUCGCGAAACUGGUUGCCGUUUCUGCGGAGCAUGAAAUCGAUUUUCUGCCGCCCGAAGACGAAGACUAA